GUAUAAAUCAAGAAAAAGUGUCAGUGAGUUUUUGACAAGAGUUUGUUGUGGUUUCUCGUGCGGCUUUUCGCGGAUUUUCCCGCAUUUUCUAGAUUUUCCAGUUUCGUGAAGAUUUUAAAAUGGAAACCGGUGUUUCAAUUUGUUCAAUAUGCUUGCAGUGUAAGACGCUUUUGAAAUUUGCCAGUGAAGAGUGCAAAACGGCGGCAAUCAGCGUGGUGGCGUGCUAUUUUCUGUUCGAACAGAACUUUAUACCGAAACACCAAAUUUGUGUCGGCUGUUGGCAUCAGAUCACUACGUUUGAUCGGUUUAGCACUCAAAUUAAACUAGCACAUGAACUGCACUUCAAAGAGGCAGGAACAUAUUUUAGCUACGUUUCAGAAGGCGAAGAAAAGGCUGCAUUGAUCUUGAAGGAUGAGGACAAAAUGCUAAAUGAACCGUGUGCUGCCCCACAGACGAUCGCGGAGCUGGUUGAUGCUCAAGUGUCGGAUCGUGAUACGAGACAAAUAUGCCCCGAAACCGAGGCUGAUUCAAUUAUGACGGAUAAUACUUCACCAGCACCUGAUAAUACAGAUAUUGUAGACGAUUUCAAAGCAAAUUCACAGCGGGGCACAGAAUCACAACCACUCAACGAUGCUAAUGCGAAUUGCUCGCUGGAAGAUCGUAUUCCGUCUCUAAUGUCAGAUAGCUAUAAUGAAUCUGAAACUGAUUCUGACGAUGAAAUGGUGCUGUCUAUGCGGUCUCAGUCGGAGAAUCAACAGAGUACUCCAGGAUGUCACGAUCCUUUGUUGGACAUUAACGGAUAUCAAGAUAUUUCGAAUGUACCGGCCCCGUCUUUGCAUGAUUGCGACGAACCUGAAUAUCUGGAUGAUUCUGAUGAUUCUGAGAAUUCGGAUAUCUCGGCGCAACAGCAGCAGACACAAGAAUCCAUUGGAACGGAAAUCGAAAUACCAAUAAUGAAAAAUUUACAGCAAGAAUCGGACGACGAAGAGAAGAGCCUUUUAGAUAUGAUACUGAUGGACAUCGAUAAUGAAAUUGAUAUUAACAAAACAGAAGAUGCAUCGGAUAAGAACAAUGAGACCGCACAAUGCUGUGCGGAGAAGAUUCGUGGAACCGAUGAACUGAUCAGCCAACAUUGUAAUUUGGAAUGUGUGAUUUGUGGAGCAAAAUUCUCCAACUUCCCGCUAGUUAUGCGGCAUUUUCAAUCGCAGCAUAACAUCAAAGGAUACAUUAUGUGUUGCGGAGAGCAGUAUACGACCCGGCGCAAUUUGUUGGACCAUGUUAUUUUACAAAACAAUCCAAAUGCCUUUACCUGUGACCAAUGCCUGCAGUCGUAUCUCAGCACUACUGCGUACCGAGCUCAUCUGUCAACGCACAGGAAACCCGACGGAAAAAUCUAUUCCUGCGAGUUUUGCGGCAAGCAGUUCCCCAAACGAUUACUACUGAUGAUACACAGGAAAAAUCACGCCGCGCACAAGUGUGAUCAGUGUGAUGCUAGCUUCAAACUGCGGCGGGAUCUUCGAGAACAUAAACUCGAGCACCAAGAUGAGAAUAUCGAUGAGACCAAAGACCAAUUUGUGUGUAAGGUUUGCUCGAAAAGCCAUGCGAACAGGGACGCUGCGAGACGACAUUAUGCGAACAUCCAUGGUCCGGCACGAUACAUGUGCGAAAGCUGUCCGGAAUCGUUUAAAUCCCAUUUUACCUAUUCAUAUCACAAAAGGACGAAGCACUCCGUGACGAAUAUAAAACCUGUACAGUGCACUAUUUGCGAAAGAUUGUUGAAGAGUGCUGCCAGUCUGAGAAAGCAUAUGUUCCUGCAUGAGCCUAACAAAAAACCGCUGGUAUGCGAUAUAUGCGGUAAAGUAGCGAAGCAUCCACAGUCUUUGAUAUCUCACAAGCGGUACGUUCACGCGAAGGAAUGCCCAUUCGAGUGUUUAAUUUGCAAAAAGACAUUCGUGCGCGAGAAAGCACUGAAGGAGCACAUGGCUGUUCAUACCGGUGCAUCGCUGUACCAGUGUUCAUUUUGUAGCAGGACGUUCAAAUGGAGUGCGAACAUGCAUGCUCAUAGAAAGAAAACUCAUCCGGUCGAAUUGGAGGAGCUUUUCAAACAACGUUCGGAUGAACUCCGUGCUAUCUAUGAGCAACAGAACGGCCAGAAGGUGUCAGAAUCAUCGCCAGUGCCAACCAUCAACUAUCAAUGACUCGAAUAAAAGACGAAAUU